AUGCCCCUCGUGCUGAAGGCGCUAUUCGCACUACUGUGUGCUGUAGCAAUCGUUGCUCAGGAUAUCGUACUGACUAACGACGAUGGGUGGGCAGUCGCGCAGAUUCGCGCACAGUAUGCAGCACUUACGGGCGCUGGAUUCGAUGUUGUUCUCUCAGCACCUGCGGAGAACAAGUCAGGCACAGGCUCAUGGUCUGCCCCGCCAACCCCCCUCGUCGAACCGUGCGAGUACGACUCUUGUCCUGCAGGUUCGCCCCCCGAGGGCUACAAUGCCAGUGAUCCACACCUCAACUAUGUGAAUUCUUACCCUGUCGAUGCGGCAAGGUAUGGCGUUCAAGCUCUCGCACCGGAAAUCUUCGGUGAUUCGGGUCCCGACUUCGUUGUCAGCGGACCAAAUAUCGGCAACAAUCUCGGCCUGAUCACCCUCUUCUCGGGCACUAUCGGAGCUGCCGCUGAAGCAGUAAAGCUUGGGGUUUCGUCGGGAGCCUUUUCAGGCGCUAGCGGCUCCCAUGUCUCGUAUACCACUCUCGAGAGCAGCCCAGACGCAACAUCAACAUUAUCCGCCCUCCUCUACUCGUCCCUGACGGUGCACUUCGCGGAAACGCUUUUCAAUUCCGGGUACUCACCCAUCCUCCCCGCGGGCGUGUUGGUCAACGUGAACUACCCGUCGAUCGACGACUGUUCUGACGUAUCAGACUACAAGUGGGUCUUCGCGCGGAACCUCUACAAUAUCUUCGCCACGGAUGUACAGACGUGCGGGAGCACCACCUUGCCGACCGAGAGGAGUGUGGUGGACACCAGCGGUUGCUACGCGAGCGUUUCCGUCAUCAGUGCGGAAACGAAGAUGGACGUUAGCUCGACAGUGCAGGCCGCGGUGCUGGAGCGGCUCAGCGCCUUACCUCUAAGCUGCCUGCCUAGCUGA